UGUCACACAGUAACCCAGCUUUGUGGCUGUAGACACGUCGCAACAGGGGUUAAAAGCGGACUUGGACUACUAUAAAGAAAACAAAUAUUAAUGGGAAAUUAUUUUUGCCGUGGUUCGUGCGGCGUGUAUGGAGUUUGGAGCAGCGAGGAAAGCAGCGCGUUGAAGUGGAGGCUGAGUUUUGCUUUAUUCAACCCAGGGAAGACGUUAUGUGUCCCAAACCAAAGACUAAGUUAGGGCUGCAAAUGGAUAGUGUCAAUGGGUUCAUUUUUAUCCUUAACGGAAAAUUGUAAGGUGAACAAAUGUUUAAAAUUAGCAGUAGCUUAGCUGGACAGAAAGCGGUCGGGUUGGAGCAGAUGUGAUCAAAGAAGGGACACAUUGACUGGAUCGCUAGUUGUCAGCGUUAUUUAAAUGGUCCACGCAAUACUAUUACACAGACAAGUCGCUCCGUCCGCAUUGCUUUGACGAGAAAAGGCAACAAUUCUUCCCGUGGGACGUUUUUUCCGGUGUCAUAACCCAUCCACCAUGGAUCUGCUGGAGUGUCCGCACUGUCUCUUCCUGAUGUGCGAGCCGGUGACCAUGUCGUGCGGUCACACGUUCUGCCGGAGAUGCGUGGGGGGUUACCUCCCGUCCAAAUGCCCGUGCUGCAAAGAGAGGUUAAAACAAAGAGAGGUGAAAGGCAUGAAGAACAACGUUUUGCUCAUCAGUGUCGCGGAGAAGUGCUGCCCCGACGAGACAAAGACGAAGUGCCAUAUACAGGAGAGACUCAAAGCCAGCGAGUUCACGGAAGCUUUACGCAUCGCCAACGAGGGGCUAAGCUUAGUCCCAGAUGAUCAGAGUUUGAAGUUGUACAGAGCUGAAGCUAACUGGGGCCUGAUGCGUUUCUCUGAUGCUCUGACAGACCUCGAUUACCUCUGCUGCCUUCGUCCUAACUGGACUGAGGGCUUCUUUCGUAAAGGGAAUGUACUGCUGGAAAUGGGUCAGCAGACAGACGCCCUCAUCCAGUUCCACCGUUGCCUAAAACUCCAAGCUGACUUUGUCCCUGCAAAGAGCCAGAUCAAAAAGAUUCUGGAGGCAGAAGGCGUGGCAGUGCCAGACGAGGUGUCCUGCACGUUACAAGUGGUGUCCGAGUACCUGAAAGGGCCCUGCCCCAUUACCAGCCUCAGUGGCUCCCAGGGGCCAACUCACCCCGAGGGCCUCAAACAUCCAUGUGGGGAUGACAGAGAAGCAAAAGGGAGAAGAAAUGCAAACCAGGGCUCCAAGGUGAAGCAUGACACGGGUACAGAAUGCUGCCUCAGCCUCUGCCAGGCGGUUUCCUUCCUCCCUGCUGCUGAAGAGGACGAGGAGAUGAUGAUGAGGAAGGAAGACGGGCAUGGCAGGGGUGAAAGUGGUCACAACAGGGAGAAAACUCUGAGUGUUCUCACUGUAUCAGACUUUGAGUGCCCUCUCUGCAUCAGAUUGUUUUUUGAGCCAGUCACCACUCCCUGUGGUCACACCUUCUGCAAAAACUGCAUAGAGAGGAGUCUGGACCACAACCUCCGCUGUCCACUCUGCAAACAGCCACUGCAAGAGUUCUUUAAAAACAGGAAGUACAACCCCACGGCUCUGCUUCAGGACAUCAUGACCCGCCUUUUCCCCUCACAGUUGUCAGAGAGGAAACAGGUCCAUGAUGCUGAGAUGGCUGAACUGUCCAAUCUAACUAAAGACAUCCCUAUAUUUGUCUGCACGGUGGCCUACCCUGGAGUGCCCUGCCCGCUGCACAUCUUUGAGCCUCGAUAUCGGCUGAUGAUGCGUCGCUGCAUGGAGACCGGCACCAAGAAGUUUGGCAUGUGCAGCUAUGAGCACGGCAAGGGUUUCGCAGACUACGGCUGCAUGUUGGAGAUCCUCAGUCUGGAGCUGCUGCCUGAUGGCCGGUCCUUUGUGGACGCAGUGGGCGGCAGCAGAUUCAAGGUGCUGAAGAGAGGUCAGAGAGACGGCUACCACACGGCGGAUAUAGAGUACCUGGAGGACCUCAAGGUUGAGGGUAGUGAGCUGGAGCUUUUGGAGCAUCUCCAUGACAGUGUGUACCAGCAGGCUCAGGACUGGUACCAGCGCCUUGGUAGCCGUAUCCGUGAGCAGAUCGACAGACAGUACGGCUCCAUGCCAGAGAAGGGGGAAAACAUUCAGGCCUCGUCCAACGGUCCAGCCUGGUGCUGGUGGCUGCUGUCAGUCCUCCAGCUGGACCCUGCCUAUCAAACCACUGUCCUGUCCCUGACCUCACUCAAAGACCGCUUGGGACACCUCCGCCUCGUCCUGGAGUACUUCUCUCAGAGCUAGACCCCACAGAUCAAUGGUACUGUGGCCACAACUAGCUCAAUGCACACCAAUGAAUGCAUCCACAACACCAGAGUCUGGGGUUUGGAAUCUUAAAGUCACAGCUCGAGGCCAAAUCACGUGGUCGACAGCAGAAAGAAAGUGCAGUUGUACAGAGUUGGCUUUUUGCUGUUUGAGUUUGCAUGUGUUAUCUUUCUUUCUCUUCCCCAGGAAUUCAAGGGUUCACUGUAGGUUCUAAAUACACGUUGCGCCUGCUGCAACAGUUAGAAACACAGGGUUGACCAAAGAUGCUUCUAAUUUUACAUCAAAAUUAGUAAAUUAUUAUUUGUUGAUCAACUAAAUCAGCCCAAAAAAAUCCUUAAAAUGAGCACUAGGUGUCACUGUUUUUCUCCAGUUGUUAUGAAGAACAUGCAGCAUCAGCCAAGUUAAUACAGUACAGCAUGCUGCACUGUCAUGUGUUGCCUAUUCACAUCAGACUUUUUGCAUUAAUAUAGCUUAGUUUGGAGUGGGAAUAAAAUUAAUAGCACACAAUUUGUAGACACUAUUUCAGGACUAUGCACAUCAAAGGAUUGCAGUUAUUUGACACUACUUUUAAUGCUUAUUGUAGUUGCAUCUAUUGGCCUUGGUAGCCAUUGACUAUGGCUCGUUUUAUACUAUUCGAUACUCUGAAAAGAUCCCUAUUUAGUAUUAAAUAUUGCAAUAAUAAUUUAUAGUUUAACAUGGAAUGGCAGCAACUGCAGGAUCUUUUUUAAUGAAUGAAAACUGCUGCUGAGGCUGCUGUCUGGAUGCUGUUUGUCAUCAGCUGGUGGGAAGAGCCCUCUGUGAAGUGAUGACAAUGAGAGGCGUAACGGCUUUGUUUUGCAGUAUGAACCUGUGUGAUUAUGUACGGUGAUGGCUGCAGCACGGCGUGUCAGCUGUAAAUAGGAAGUCAUUUCUCUCAGUCGCCAUCUUCAUUAGCUGAUUAUUGUGUUUUAAAUUUCAUAUGCCGUGGUGUCAGCACUGAUAACAGCCACUGUCAUAUCCGCUCCCUCAAGGUGCAGUGGUUAUAAAUAGAGCAUCAGUCCAGGACAUGGUGUUUAAAGGGAUAGUAAGGAUUUUUUUUAAUGGGGUUGUAUGAGGUACUUAAAUAUAGUUAAUGUAUUAUCUCCAGUAAAUGACAGGUGGCACACCACACAUUUAUCAAUGUACUGCUGCAGACAGGGGAAGCAGCAACACAUGCAAAAAUCAUUAUCAGUUAAAGUAUAUGUUAUAUUUAUAAUAUCUUGACUCCUUUACCUUGCUGUUAGACAGUCCUUUUCAAAGGGGAACUGAAGCUGUUAUAUCCAUUUAUGCUCUUUUCAAAGCCUCCAUACCCCAUUGACAAAACAGUAAUUUUACUUAUCUGCAUAACACAAAAGUUAUUGUUGCACCGCUGCCUCAAUCACUUAUCCUGAAUAUGUUAUUGUGUUAUUUUGGUGAAUCUAAACUAAACCAUUUACUCAUACAGUAACAUGAAGGAACUCACCAAGUGAGGCAGCGAUAGGCCAGUUCAGUGAAAUUACUGUGAGGUAAAAUUACUGUUUUUGUCAAUGGAGUCUGGUGUUUUUAAAAAUAGCAUAAAUGGAAACAACAGCUUCAGUUCCCAUUUGUAAAGCACUGUCUAACAGGUAAAGCAGUGAAAAUAUUAUAAAUUAAGUAAUACAACCCCACUUUUUAAAAAAAACUAUCCCUUCAACAUUUAUUGUGCAGAGGCAGCUGUGAAAUAAAUCAGCUAGGGUCUGACUAGGGCUAAGCCCCCCUGUGGUGCCUCUGUGUAGGCUGCAUCACCUACGUCUGGCCCCUGCUGUGUCUCCCUGUCUAUCUGGCCACUCUAGCAACAGUCACGGUGCCUUCGAGUGCCUGCGCCAACUCACCUGGAGACACGCAAGUCUUACAGUUUCAACACCACAUAUACAGUCAAGGGAAAAAAUUGUUAGACCACCCUUGUUUUCUUCAAUUUAUUGUUCAUUUUCAUGUUUUCUUGAUAACAACUAAAAUCAUUAUCAAGAAAACCAUGGAAAAUGACUGGAUAACAGCUCUUCAAUUAAACUCUCAUGAGCUGUUUUUGUUGUUAUUAUUAUAUUUGUCCAAACAAAUGUACCUUUAGUUGUACCAGGCAUUGAAGAAAAAGAAUUUGAAGAAAAAGUGUGGUAUAAUAAUUUUUCCUGCCUGUAUGAUAGAUUGUGCUUUUUUUGCCAUUGAUUUUUAUUGUUAUAGUGCUACAUUCCAUGGAAUGUUGAAACUGCAAAGUUAUGUAUAGUUAAUUUACUAACAAAUCCUUUGAUAAACGUGCCAUAGAUAUUUCUAUGUUAUGUGUUUUAUAGAAAUAGUUAGCUAGAUAGCCACCGUGUUUACGUUUGUCUGCACCAUGGACUCUGAAGUACAACCCUCAAGCCUUUUGUGUGGCGGACGUUGAACUGCCAUCUCUUCAUGGCCAACAUAUCACUUGAAACCAUCAGAAUGAGUCCACUCUCAUAGAUACAGUUUGUGUGACAGCAACCCUGCUAGUGUGAUAUUGAAGAUAAAGCUUAGAAUAAAAGGGGUAUUCAUGACACUUAAUACGCACAAAAGUGGCUCACUAAAAGGGCGAGACAGUGGACAGAUGAGUGGAUACUGGGGCAGCAUUGGCUACCUUAUAAACAGGCUAACCACCAAACUCUGAUCGAGGAACUUACACUUUGUUUGAAGGCAAAAAACACUGUUUUUACCGUCUCUUCUGAUGGGUUAAUCAAUCACUUAAUGAUAUGCUAAUGCUUUUAAAGCCAUCCAGGAUUUAAAUUGGAGUUGAAGACUUUUAACGUGCCAGUUAUCACAACCUGUCUUUAAAGCUAGUAUUGUUGAUUUCACUGAACAAUGACGUGUAUCAUAAAAGGUCAGUUAUCCGCUGCUACCAGGCAUGAUUAAAGCUCACUCACAAAUAAAAAGGGAUUGAGAUUCUUAUAGAAUGUUUGAAUGACCAGCCUCAUAAGCCUUUUCGGUAAACGCAUGACUACAAGCCCACAGCCACUGACUUGAAGUCCACUCCACUGCUCAACAUCUAGACAGAAAAAUAUAAUAAUUUUGCACAGUGAAAUAAUUUUGUGUGUUUUGUUUCAGCUCUCACAUGGUUUUCUCACUUUGUCAAAUCAUGCAUAUUAGUGUGUGUCUCUGCUUUUACUUAUUACUGCAUUUCAUUGACUCAAAUGGUGAUGUAUGCUGUACUGCAAUCAGUCUCAUAUUGGUUUACACUUCAAACAGACCUUAAAGGAA